AUGUCCGAAUUCUGGGUCUCUCGCAAGAAAUGGACUUGUCCGUACUGCGACAUUACCAUCAACGAUGAUGUACCUUCGCGCAUGCAGCACGAAAAUGGGCUUCGUCACAAAGGCAACGUGGAGAGGUCGCUGAAGGGCACGUACAGAAAGGCGGAGAGGGAGAGGAGGGAAGAGGAGAGCGCAAGGAGGGAGAUGGCUGCCAUCGAGAGGGUGAGUUGAGCUUGGGCGCGUCGGUAGAACGAGAGGGCAGGCUAGAGUUGCGCUCUGCGGACGAUUGAUUAAUGUGGCGUGCUGCGUCAGAUACACAGGUGUGCGAGCUGACAUGACUACUCUAUCUUCUCGCUGCACCGCGAACAGGCAGCAGCAGCAGCGCAUGCUGCAGAUACGACAAGGGACGCUUCUGAAGCAAGUGCCAGCACCAUCAAACCUUCAGCGGCCACAUCUUCCAAGACGGCUUCAGCCCCGGACAAUACCUCUUGGAAGCCCUCGGACAAAUUGACAGCCUACGGAACAGUGAGCGAUGCGUCCUACGCUCAAGAGUCCUAUGAAUCCACUCGGCUCAAAGAAGAGCAAGAAGCUGCGCUGCGCGAGCAAGAGCUGGAACAAAGAAGAAAAGAGGAAGGAUUCGUGGGAGAGUGGGAGACUGUUGCUCCUUCGAGGCCCGUCGUGAACAGAGCACCGAAUGCUCAGGAUGAAGGCACGGAGUACGAAGCUGCUCGUGCGUUUCAAGUGAAGGAAAAGACGGGGCUGCAUGCGCGCAACGACGAUGAGGAGAAUGCGACGGAGGAGAUCAAGGUGAAGAAAAGGAGGAUGAAUGAUCAAGAGGCGAGUUGGAACGAGGAUGCGGUGAGGAGGAGAAGGCUACCUCAAUGGCAAGGUCUCAAAUUGGAGCCUAAGCGAGAAGACUCGACGAUCGAGUCCCGUGUGGAUUCAUUUCGCGUGUCUGGUGGAUCUCCUGCGUCGCCCAAGAAGGAGCAAGAUGACAGCGCGGUCCCUCCGACGAAGGAGGUGGACGGCUCUUCGCGGGAGCCAAGCACGACUGGGCAGUCAGGAGCGGGCGCCGACGCUCCGAAAAGUAUGUUCAAGAAGCGCAAAGCAGGAGCAGGUGCGGGCGCAAAGAAGGUUCGAACUGUCUGA